AUGCAUUUGUCACUGGAUACAAUUAGUAUGGUGGAUGACAGCUGCCUCUCACCAGGGAACUUUCAUGAGAUGGUGAAAGGUGGAGGUGCUGCCUCUGGGGGCCGUGUACACAGUAUUGAUGUCAUCCUUGGCUUCAGCAAGGACCAGGACCCUCUACUUAACUCUGCAGGAGCUGGCUCUCAUAAAGUUGUUGUUGAAAGUUUGGGAGAACCAGGAAAAACUAACCCAACCCAUUCAUUUGGUCAUCUGCACUCACUCAGAGACAGCCAGGAACAGGCUGCCUUCCAUGACUCUAGCCUGUUCUCUAACAAGUGUGACAGCGAUCUAACGGACCUAAGGAAGAAUGUUGAGAAUGACUCCAAAUCACCUGAUCUGCUAGAGGAUGAGCAGCCGAAAAAGAAACACAGGCGCAACCGAACCACCUUCACCACAUAUCAACUGCAUGAACUGGAACGUGCCUUUGAAAAAUCGCAUUACCCGGAUGUGUAUAGCCGUGAGGAACUUGCUAUGAAAGUCAAUCUCCCAGAAGUUCGUGUGCAGGUAUGGUUUCAGAAUCGGAGGGCCAAGUGGCGUCGGCAGGAAAAGAUGGAUGCCAGUACCAUGAAGCUUCAUGAUUCCCCUAUGCUGUCUUUCAACCGAACACCAAUGCCUGCCAAUGUGGGCCCCAUCACUAACUCUUUGCCCCUGGAUCCCUGGCUCACCACACCACUGUCAAGUGCCACUUCAGUGCACAGCAUACCUGGUUUCAUGGGGCCAGCUCAAGGGCUGCAGCCUGCCUAUCCCAGCCACUCCUUCCUGAACAGCCCUCCUGCUAUGGCACAAAGUAUGCAACCCAUGUCUGCUCCUCCACCCUAUCAGUGUCCAGCAACUUACACAGAAAAGUACCCACUGGAGGAUGUGGACCAGAGGAGCUCCAGUAUAGCCUCAUUGCGCCUGAAAGCCAAGGAACAUAUCCAGUCUAUGGACAAGACAUGGCAGCCCAUCUGA